CAUUCUUCAUAGCAAACUAGGUUUUACAGAGCUCAUCUUCUCCCCUCCUCUACCACAAACUGAAUAGAAGAGGUUAAAGAGACGGCGCCGCCGCUGUCCGCCUUGGCUUAGCACCAUCACCGCUCUGUCUUGGCCCUCGGUUUUGUAAACCACUAUCAUCUCUUCCAUUCAUUUAGGGUUUAGUUUCUUUCUUCAGUUUCACUAAAAUGGGCAAAGUUUCAAAAGCCGAUAAGAAGAUUGCUUACGAUCAGAAGCUCUGCCAGCUUCUUGAUGACUACACUCAAGUCCUUGUUUCUGCCGCCGAUAAUGUCGGUUCCAAGCAACUUCAGAACAUUCGUCAUGGUCUUCGAGGGGAUUCUGUUAUCCUGAUGGGGAAGAAUACCAUGAUGAAGCGUUCAAUCAGGAUGCAUUCCGAGAAAACCGGAAACAAGGCCUACCUCAAUCUCAUCCCUCUCCUUAUUGGAAAUGUCGGUCUGAUCUUCACAAAAGGUGACUUGAAGGAAGUCAGUGAAGAGGUUGCGAAGUACAAGGUCGGAGCUCCUGCUCGUGUUGGACUGGUGGCUCCGGUGGAUGUGGUUGUUCCACCCGGCAACACUGGUCUCGAUCCAUCUCAGACUUCUUUCUUCCAGGUUCUUAACAUUCCGACUAAGAUUAACAAGGGAACUGUUGAAAUCAUCACCCCUGUCGAGCUCAUCAAGAAGGGAGACAAGGUCGGAUCUUCUGAAGCUGCACUUCUAGCCAAGCUUGGCAUCAGGCCAUUCUCAUAUGGGCUUGUUGUUCUUACUGUUUACGACAAUGGAUCUGUAUUCAGUCCCGAGGUUCUUGAUUUGACUGAAGAAGACUUGAUUGAGAAGUUCGCUCUUGGUGUCUCCAUGGUUACAUCUCUUGCUUUGGCCAUCCACUACCCCACCAUUGCUGCAGCUCCACACAUGCUCAUCAAUGGCUACAAGAAUGCUUUGUCCAUUGCUGUUGCAACUGACUACACUUUCCCACUUGCUGAUAAAGUGAAGGAGUAUCUUGCUGAUCCGAGCAAGUUUGCUGUUGCUGCUCCGGCUGCUGCUGCUGCUUCUGGUGGUGCUCCGGCUGCUGCUGCUGCUGCUCCGGUGGAAGAGAAGAAGGAAGAGGAGGCAGAGGCUAGUGAUGAUGACAUGGGAUUUGGAUUGUUUGAUUAGAUGAUUGAUGUUUGGGUGUUGAAACUUUAUGGUGCUUUCUUUCUUUUUGGUAAUAUUUUGGAUGUUUGUUGCUAUGGACAAUAGUUUAUGUUUUUUAUAUGGUUUUGUAAUGGAGUUGUCUCACUGAUAUUUAUAUUUUUAGCGAUUUUGUUUUAUGUUUAAAUGAUAGUUUUUAAUCUUCAA